GAGGCGACGACGCUCGCGAGCGGCCUGCGGGUCGUCUCCCAGGAGACCUUCACCUACAUGAGCGCCAUGGGCCUGGUCGUCGGCGCCGGGUCCGCGCACGAGCGCGCGGCGCUGGGCACGGCCGGCGGCGCGCAGCUCGCCGAGGUCUGCGCGUGGCGGGGGACGACGAAGCGGUCGACGGCCGACGUCCUCGCGGCCGCGGAGCGGUCCGGCGCCUACCUCCACGCCAACGCCCAGCGCGAGCAGACGUUGUACUGCGUCGACGCGCUGCGCGACAACGCCGUCGCCGCGGGCGAGCUGCUGGCCGAGGCCGCGCUGCUCGGGCCGGACCUGUCGAGCGCCGAGGACCUCGACGCGGCGAAGACGUCGCUGCUGCUCGCCUGGGAGGACGCGCCCCAGGACGCGCGCGUGCGCGAGCUCAUCCACGAGGCCGCCUACGGGCGGACCUCGCCGCUGGGCGCGCCGCUGCUCACGCCGCCGGACGAGGUCGCCAAGCUCGACGCGCUGACGCUGGCGAACUUCCGGUCGACCCUCUUCGGCCCGGACCGCAUGGUCCUCGCCGGCGCGGGCAUCGACCACGCGACGCUCGUCGGCAUCGCGGAGACGUACUUCGAGCCGUUCGUGCCGCCCCGGGGGCCCGCGCCGCCGGCCGCGCCGUCGCCCUACGUCGGCGGCGGCGCGACGCGCGAGGAGAAGGCGCCGACGCCCGCGGGGUUCGCCGUGGACCUGGACCCGCCCGUGCGCGUCGCCGUCGCCAUGCGCGCGCCCCUCGGCGGCUGGCACGGCGACGACCUCAUCCCUUUGUGCGUGCUCCAGACGCUCUUGGGCGGCGGCGACUCGUUCUCCGCGGGCGGGCCGGGCAAGGGCAUGUACUCGCGCCUCUACCGCGAGGUGCUCAACCGCCACUACUGGGUCGAGGGCGCGGAGUGCUUCGUGUCCGUGCACGACGCCGAGGGUUUGCUCGGGAUCAUGGGCGCCGCGCCCGCUGCGUACGCGGGCCACCUCACGGAGGUGCUCGCGGCGCACCUCCUGCGCGUCGGCGCGGAGCCCGUGAAGCGCGACGAGCUCGACCGGGCGAAGAACAUGCUCAAGGUGAACGUGCUCACGCAGCUCGAGAGCCGCUUGGUGCUGUUCGAGGACCUCGGCCGCCAGUACGCGACGUUCGGGAAGCGGCAGACGCUCCGCGAGAUGACGGACCUCGUCGACGCCGUCACGGAGGAGGACAUCCUCCGCAUCGGCGCGACCAUGCUCUCGCGGCCGCCGUCCAUCGCCGCGCACGGCGAG